AUGGACUACCUUCACCCUCCAAUGACGCUAGUGGGUGAGGUAGAUAAAGCGACAUUGUUCUCGACGCAUUUAACAAAGCUGAUGAUUCCUACGGGGAAGAUGAAAAUCCGGGACGUGGAGAUGUUUGAUCAUUCCUCUUCGGCUUACGACCGCUCGAACCUUCUCUAUGAUAUCCGUCCUUAUAAUAAACUUCCCAUCGUGGCUGUGUCCGGGGAUCUCCCGGUGGUCGUUCGGAUGGUCCUUUGUCAACUCCAUUCGAGGAGACUGAGUUUUAGUGGUCAGCAUGAUCAUUUCAGUCAGCGUAACAGCCGGCGUAACAGCCGUAGCCAUCGCGCCCAUCUUUCCGACUACGAAGACGACGCCGGCUCGUCCAGUGUGGUCGUCGAUAUCGAAUCUGACAACUCCGACUCUAGCGAGUCUGUCGAGUUGAUGUCUUCCACGACCAUGACGAUGUUAAGCGGUGCUCAGCGCAGUACUGAACCUGCCCCCGGCCUACACCUCGGGCUAACGCCGAGACCUUCUGCUCGUCAGACCCUGAGAGCUGGUGUACAGAAUAGCCAUAACAGCAAUAACACCCCUUCUAGAUCCCGCGCCACUGCUUCUUCAAGGCCCGUGCUUACAGUGCGAACGUCUUUGAGUGAUAAAUGGCACAUUAGGCUACUCGCUUGUGCGGUUAUUCCUCGUAAACCUCGCUUCGGCGAAGAUAACUUCGACCGCUUGCCCUUCUUUGCGCUACAGUACUUUGCGAAAAGAAAAUAUCCUCUUGUAUUCGGCGCUCCAUCUCAUGUGGGCCUUGCUGAUGCCGAAGACGCUGGGCCUCCAAAACUGAACAGCGAGACAGCAUUUUGCCUCUCCAUGGAGAGGUCAUUCUACAACGGAGUCAAACGCCUAAUGUUCAAGACCACACCCAUUCUACCGAAGACCAAUACAGAUACACAUGAUGAUGAGGAGAUCUUGCGCGACUACCCUGUCGAAUCCUCUCAUACCAAUGACGCUGAACUCGUGGAAUUUGUUGGACAUGAUGAGGGCGACCAUCCAUUCCGGGUCGCAAUUACGAUGAGGCUUUCCACCUAUUUAAACAAGGCUUCCUGGACAGAGACUGGACAGCCGGUGAUUCUCUGGCCACUUCUCUAA